AUGUCGACUACAAAUUAUCUUCGUGAACUCUAUGAAAGUGAAGUUCGAUACAACACUCAAAUGAAAACAGCGUUAGACUACUAUGCAUAUCCAAUGAUUAAUAACGACACAUAUAUAUCAAAUGAAAUGACAAACACUUUGUUUUAUUCGUACGAGGAUGUGAUGGAGUGUUCUAACCAUUUUGUAGAAACCCUAAAAGCACAUAUUACUGAUCAAAACUUUGAAUUAAUCACUGGCAAGUUUUUCAUAGAAAACACUGGAAGGUUUCUUGCCUUUAAUGACUAUUUUAGAAAUUCUUUAAACCGACAGAUGGUCCUUUCUAUUAUCGACGAAGAUCAAAGCAAAUUAAAUUAUUUGAAACAACUGCAAAUGGAAGCCAAAGAAACAGGCAUUGAAUUACAGCCACUUGGGUCGUAUUUAAUUCUUCCAAUUCAGCGCCUUCCAAGAUAUCAAAUGCUUCUCAUUCAAAUAGUGAAUACAAUCAAAGACCAAGUAGUUCCUCUGAAAAAAGAAAUUUUGACGUCACGAAACAACUUGUCGCUCUUUGAAAUUAGAAAAAAACUGGAGAGUUCCGGGCGCUUCACAAUGACUCACGAAACACAACAAAAAUUAAAGAACAGCACGUCCUUCACUUAUGGCGAAAAAAUGUCGCCGUUAUUCAGAAAUAACUCGGAACAAAGGCAGAAACUCGCGGGAUAUAAACUCGCGACAUCAAAGUCACUCAUCCUUAAAAGAGCGGAACUCGCAAAAACGGAGAUUCCCGCACACUUCAAUAAGGUUGAGGAUUUGUCGCAAUUUCAACAGAUGGGGGAGUGUCACUCCAACAAAGAUUGCACGGGUUCUCCACCGACACAACAAGAAGCGGUACCCGUUUUGUUUCGUCCCGCUAAGAGAGAAAUUGCAACGCGCGAUUUACUGGCUCAAAAUGCGCAGUGUCGCGACAACGAUUUUUCUAUGAAGCAGAAAACAGCGGCGGAGAAGGAGGAGAUACUUGCGGUCUACCACGACGCCGUGCAAAUCAUCUGUUCGAAGUCUUCGGAGUGUAACGAGAUCAUCAGAGACGAAGAGCAGAAGCAGAAGGAGUUGGAACAACAAACAAAAAUGUUUGAGAAGUACGUUGUGGAGUUCUUAGUAACGGCUGAGAAGCUUAGUUUAGUCGAACAAGUCGUUUUAUUACAGAAUGAAAGUCGUUACGACGGAUGGUUUGUUUUAACUUCAAUUAAACUAUUUGUCGAUACUAUUCAAUUUCCUCGGCAACUGAUCGAAUUGAAGAAUAUACAUAUACAACAAGAUGACAACCAAACGUUGACGUUGUUUGACAACGUUAAUACUAUCACUGUACAAUUCAAUGACACAUCCAGUGUGUUAAAUACAAUCAACGAGAAAAUUGGCAACCUCAUGAAAAACAAGUCAACUUCUCUCUUCAGCAAUUUCUGGUCUUUCUUCGCAUAA